CACCGUUUGCUACCUGGACCUCCAAGCUCCCCUCCAUUCAACACCACCACGACAACCCCAGCAUCCCGCAAACCGGGAUCACGACAACCUCACGGCACGCCGACCGAAACAAUCAACCGUUUCAAUCAGGUCCAGCCUACUUGUCUUCACCUCUUUAGCAGCUACAACACACAAAUAACACCGUCAAGAUGUUUAUGGCAAGAUCCGAAUACGACCGAGGAAUCAACACCUUCUCCCCGGAAGGCCGCCUCUUCCAAGUAGAAUACUCGCUGGAAGCCAUCAAGCUUGGCUCUACGGCCAUCGGCGUCGCCACCUCGGAGGGUGUCGUCCUCGGCGUCGAGAAGCGUGUCACCUCGACCCUGCUCGAGACCUCUUCCGUCGAGAAGAUUGUCGAAAUCGACCGCCACAUCGGCUGCGCCAUGUCCGGCCUCCAGGCCGACGCCCGAUCCAUGGUCGAGCACGCCCGCGUCGAGUCACAGUCCCACUCCUUCAACUACAACGAGCCCCUCCGCGUCGAGUCGUGCACCCAGGCCAUCUGUGACCUUGCCCUGCGCUUCGGCGAGGGUGCCGAGGGCGAGGAGACCAUCAUGUCCCGACCUUUCGGUGUCGCCCUGCUAAUUGCCGGUUACGACGAGGACGGCCCUCAGCUCUUCCACGCCGAGCCCAGUGGCACCUUCUACCGCUACGAUGCCAAGGCCAUCGGUUCUGGUUCGGAGGGUGCGCAGGCCGAGCUGCAGAACGAGUACCACAAGUCUUUGACGAUCACAGACGCUGAGACGCUGGUGCUUAAGACGCUGAAGCAGGUCAUGGAGGAGAAGCUUGACUCGAAAAACGUCCAACUCGCGAGCGUGACGAAGGAGAAAGGUUUCAGAAUAUACACAGACGAAGAGAUGGCCGCCGUGGUGGAGAGGCUCCCUGCGAACUAGAGGCAUUCGCUGGUUGAAGAACAGAAUUGAGUGCGAAUUCUAGGUCACGGGCCCUGUGAAACGACCGUUUGGAGGGUUAGAGGAAGCUCCGGAAGGAGAGCAAACGAAGACAUCACAACUUUUUCUGCUCAGGCGAAAUCCUACCGGUUCACGAAACUUGGAGCCUGAGAUCUAGAGUAUUUCCAC